GUUACUUUUGACGGCCAAGACGGCCGUAAAACAAUCUGCCCAUCAAGGCUGGCGGCGGAUCACUCUCAGCCGAGCGCGGAGCGACACAUCCCCUGUGUCACAGACAGUAGCGUGUCUACCCCCGUAAGCAUACCAGCUGACGGUGCGUCGCCACGGAAUGACGACACAGCCGGAAACAUGAAAAUACCAACGUGAUGGUAAACGGCAACAUGAUAUUCAUGAAAACCAGGCGAUUUGAAAUGCAGAUGAAAGAUUCAGCACCUGAAAUCAGAAGACGGGCUAACCGCCAAUGCCUAGUGAUGUUUGUCAAUUGGCGCGUGGGGCGGGAGGGUGUCCGGCCCUGCAGUGUAUAAAGUCGCCGGCGGCGGCCGUCCCAGCCACCAUCCGCUGACCGGCCGGCACCAGCGUCCUGCUCUCCGACCAGCCUCUCUGGUCACCGGACACAGCCGCACAGCCGGUGCCGCGCCGCAGCUCGCCAACCUCCGCCAGCAUGUCGCUCUGGACUCUGGUGGCCGCGCUCAGCCUGCUCAGCCUGGCAGAGCCGGGCUCGGCUCAGCAGCCGGUGCUGGGCCGGCCGGCCGAGUCGGCCCGGCUGCCGCUGCCGCCGGCCGCCGCCUCCGCCGCCGCCACCAAGCGCUCGUUCCUGGGCCUGCGGUGCCGCGGCGUGUACGACAAGGGCACGUUCUACGAGCUGGAGACCGUGUGCCGCGACUGUCUGACGCUCUACCAGGAGCCGGAGCUGUACGGCCUGUGUCGCUCGCAGUGCUUCACCACACAGUACUUUGUCGGCUGCCUGGAAGCGCUGCAGCAGGGCAGCGAGGCCGAGCGGCUGGACGCCGCCAUUCGCCGGCUCAGCGGCAGGAAGUAGGUGAC